GGACUAGUGGUGGCUCGCUCUCUGUGGGGGUAACAUCCGUGCGUCCUGGUGUCCGACACAUUACUAUGGUGUCCAACUGAGUUACCAAUAAGUUUAUGGUGUGGACAAUCACAGUAAUGUUUUCUCAUAGAAAAAAACUUUUAUCUUGAUCCAAAGUGUAAAGUGUAAGAUAAAUUGGUGUCCCUUAAGAGCAAGAUAAGUGAAACUCCUCGUGUGUGGGAGACAGGCAAGUGAACUUUAGUGAUGCCGCCGCCCGCGCACCUCCAGUUGCCUGUGGGGGAGGGCAGCGACCCGGAGUUCUCUGACGACGAGAACUCCCCCCUCGGUCAAGACAUCUACGGCGGGAGCCGACGGUCCGUGCAAGAGACGAAAGCAUGGGAUGUGUUCCGCACAGUACCGCCCUCCACCAGCUCACUCUCCGAAGACAGCCAGAAGUUCCUCGAACUCACCAUCAAAUGUCUCAAGGUGUUCACGUACUUGUUGACGUUCGGGAUUGUGCUGGCGUCUGGCGUCAUCACCAAGGGCCUCGUCCUUCUCAUGACCUCGCAGCUCAAGAAGACUAAGAAGCUUCCCAUCUGUGCUAAAAGCUCUGUUGGCCUAUCUAGCGAGAAGGAUUACAUCGCUACAAUACCUGAGGAGGAGAAUGUUGUAUGGGCCUGGAUACUGUUCUUCUGUUUCAUCGUCCCGGAGCUGGGCACUUGGUUCAGGUCCACCCGUAUGUGUGUGUUCAAGUCAUGGAAGAAGCCGUUACUUGGGGACUUCUUCGUCGUGUGGUUCUUCGAGACGCUGCACACAGUGGGCACCAGCCUCCUCGUGUACCUGGUGCUACCUGACCUGGACGUCAUCAAGGGUGCCAUGCUUACCAACUGUGUCGCCUUCAUGCCCGGCCUGUUUGGUCUACUAUCGCGGACGAAGAAGGAUUCUCACGUUUUCCUGAAGGUACUGAUGGAUCUGCUGGCAUUGGCGUGUCAGCUGACAGGAUUCGUGGUGUGGCCCAUCGUGGAGUACGGUAAAGAUCCCAACAGCUGGAGAAUAUGGCUCAUACCCCUGGCCAUCUUCUUCACCUCCUUCGGCUGGUGGGAGAACUAUGUUGACAAGCACUCCAAGUUCACGAUGAUCAAGUACUUCGGGGGGAUCAAAGAGAGGCUGUGGAGGACCCGCUACUUCUGCUAUGUGUUCGUCUCACUGUGGAAGUGUCUCGUCUUCUUCACCGUCAUGGUCAUCUCUAUGAGCACUCGCCUCCAGGACUUCUACGCCAUAUUUGAACUUGGGAAAGCUUUCAGCGGACACAGCAUCAACGUGACGGAGGUGCGGGAGACGUUGCCGGGACAUACAGUACCAGACUUCCCCACUGUGGCUCCGUUGGACAACACCCAGACCAUCAUGUCUACAGACGGCACCCCAGUAUAUGUUUUCCUCAUCCAGGUGUUCACCGCCUGGAUCUGCUAUAUCUUUGGUAAGUUCGCAUGUAAGAUCUGCAUCCAAGGCUUCAGCUUUGCCUUCCCUGUCAACUUGGUCAUCCCUGUGUCCAUCUCACUCCUCAUAACUGCCUGUGGCCUCAGGUUCGACACUGCCUGCUCCUUCAAUGUCAUGCCCCCGUACCUCUUCUGGGAGUGUAAGAACGGAGACAUUCUAAAUGACUUCUUAAACCAUGACUACGCAUGGGUGUGGCUCUUCUGGUUACUCUCACAGACGUGGAUAACAUUACACAUAUGGACGCCCAAGUGUGAGCGUCUUGCCUCCACAGAGAAGCUCUUUGUGACGCCUAUGUACAACUCCCUCCUUAUCGACCAGUCGAUGGCCCUCAACCGACGGCGAGACGACGAAGGUGACGUUAAGACGGAGGACCUCAACCUUAACCCAGAGGAGCACGAGAAUGAGGUGUCGCAGUACUAUGAGACCAUCUCCAUCCACACCGACUCCUCCAACACCAACAAUGCCACCAAGAUCAAGUCGUCUGACCACAUCACCCGCAUCUACGCCACAGCUACUAUGUGGCACGAGAACGAGGAGGAGAUGAUGGAGAUGUUGAAGUCCAUCCUUCGUAUGGAUGAAGAUCAGUCCGCUCGCCGCGUGGCACAGAAAUACCUCAAAAUUGUCGACCUUGAUUACUACGAGUUUGAGACCCACAUUUUCUUCGAUGACGCCUUCGAAAUUUCUGACGACAACGAAGACGAAAAUGUUGUGAACCAGUUUGUGAAGCUUCUGGUGGACCUGAUGGACGACGCCGCCACACACGUCCACCAGACUAACAUCCGUAUCCGCCCUCCCAAGAAGUUUCCCGCCCCUUACGGUGGUCGCCUGGUGUGGACCCUCCCUGGCAAAACCAAGAUUGUCGCUCACUUGAAGGAUAAGAGCAAAAUCCGACACAAGAAGAGAUGGUCUCAGGUGAUGUACAUGUACUAUCUCUUGGGCUUCAAACUGAUGGACCAGCCCAUCUCAGUGGACAGGAAGGAGAUCAUCGCCGAGAACACCUUCCUGUUGACACUGGACGGAGACAUUGACUUCACCCCAAGCGCCGUCGCUCUCUUGGUGGAUUUGAUGAAAAAGAAUACAAACCUGGGAGCUGCUUGUGGACGUAUUCACCCUGUAGGCUCUGGCCUGAUGGUGUGGUACCAGAUGUUCGAGUAUGCCAUUGGUCAUUGGCUGCAGAAAGCAACAGAACAUAUGAUUGGCUGCGUGUUGUGUAGUCCCGGCUGCUUCUCCUUGUUCAGAGGGAAGGCUCUCAUGGACGACAACGUUAUGGCCAGAUACACACUCAAGUCCAGUCAGGCUCGUCACUACGUGCAGUACGAUCAGGGAGAGGACAGAUGGCUGUGCACACUGCUGCUUCAGCGAGGUUAUCGUGUAGAGUACAGUGCUGCCUCCGAUGCCUACACUCACGCCCCAGAGGGCUUUUCCGAGUUCUAUAACCAGCGGCGACGAUGGGUGCCCUCCACCAUGGCAAACAUUAUGGAUCUGCUUCAGGCUUACAAGAAAACUAUCGAAGUCAACGACAACAUCUCUCUACCCUACAUUAGCUAUCAGACUAUGUUGAUGGCAGGUACCAUCCUGGGCCCUGCUACCAUCUUCCUUAUGUUGGUGGGUGCUUUCGUGGCUGCCUUCAGGAUUGCUAACUGGCUCUCCUUCCAGUACAACAUCAUCCCCAUUUUCUUGUUCAUGGUUGCCUGUUUCACCCUCAAGUCUAGCAUUCAGAUCUCGAUAGCUUACGUCUUGACAGCGGUGUACGCCCUGGUGAUGAUCGUGGUGCUGGUGGGCAUGAUCCUCAACUUCGCCGAGGAGGGCUGGAACACCCCGACCGCAAUCUUCUUCCUUUGUACGACCGCUUCCUUUGUUAUAACGGGCCUAGUGCAUCCAAAAGAGAUAUUGUGUCUGCCGUGUGGCUUGGUUUAUUACCUGGUGGUGCCAUCCAUGUACCUGCUGCUCCAGAUCUACUCCUGCUUCAACCUUAACAAUGUCUCCUGGGGCACCCGUGAGGUCGCUACCAAGGCCAAGAAGAAGACCAGAGAGGAAAUAGAAGCAGAACGAAAGGCUGCAGAAGAAGCCAAGAAGAUGAAGAAGAAGGAGGGCUUCCUUGGGUUCCUCCACAGAGAAAAGGAGAAUGAUGAUGAAGGUUCCAUUGAAUUCUCUCUGGCUGGUCUCUUCAAGAUCAUGUGUUGCGUCCAUCCCAAAGUCAAUGAUGAGCGUCAACAGUUGGCCAGCAUUGCCAACUCCCUCGACAUUCUCAAGAAGCGCUUCGAAACAAUUGAGUCCCACAUGGGUAUUGCCCCAAGUGCACGUAGAAGGUCAACCAUGCAGCCCCGUUCAUCCAUCAGGGGAGAUGGUGUCUCCUCUAUCAAUGAAGACAUUGCCAAUGAUUACUCCGACAGUGAGAGUGAGAAGUCUGGACCCAAGGAGGAGCGGGAUGACCUGGUGAACCCUUACUGGAUGGAGGACAAGGCACUUAAGCGUGGAGAGGUAGACUACAUGCCAGGGGCUGAGGUGCAGUUCUUCAAGGACCUCAUUGAGAAAUACCUGUAUCCCCUGAUCAAGAACAGUACUGAGCAGAAAAAAAUGGAGGUUGACUUAAAGGAACUUCGGAAUUUAGCAGUCUUCUCCUUCACUAUGAUGAAUGCUAUCUUUGUUCUUAUUGUCUUCCUGCUCCAACUGAACAAAGACGUUAUCCAUAUCGACUGGCCACUGGGUGUGAAGACCAACAUUACAUUCAUCGAAGCGACCAGCGAGGUGCUCAUCAGCCAAGAAUACCUGCAGCUGGAACCUAUUGGUCUCGUGUUUGUGUUCUUCUUUGCCCUCAUCUUGGUUAUCCAGUUCAUUGCUAUGUUGUUCCAUCGCUUUGGAACCAUCUCGCAUAUCCUCGCCUCUACGGAACUGACGUGCUGCAAUAAGAAAGCAGAAGAUGCUACUGAAGAUGCAUUCAUCCAAAGAAAUGCUGUUGACAUUGUUCGGCAGUUACAAAGACUCAAAGGCAUUGAUGGUGAUUAUGAUAACGAUAGUGUUGAAGGAGGACAACUUGGAAGACGCAAGACCAUCCACAACUUAGAACGGCACAGGCAGAAGAAACAGGCCAUUGGUACUCUUGAUGUGGCCUUCAAGAAACGUUUCUUCAGUAUCUCGGCAGAAGCUGCAGAAAACGGCAUGGACACCGAGACACCCGUGCUAGGAAACAUGCGCCGUCUAAGCAUACGUCGUGAAACCAUGAAGGCUCUAGCUGAGAGACGUGAGACAGUGGUCCAAGAAAGAAGGCAGUCCAAAAUGAUGACAAUGGGAGCAAAGAAGCCACGCACCCGUAUGUCGAUUGCAUCUGAGGUGGACAACCAGCGCGUGUUCACCCCCGGUGGUGGCAAUAUUAAUGACGCAUAUGAAUCGGAUACUGAGCAUUACGGUGCUCCUCCCUCCAUCAGAAGCGCCAUGAGGUACAGGACAGCAGAAGAAAAUAUUCCUUCAAAAAUAUACUCUUAAAAAUACUAAUCAUAAAUUUUAUUGGAAAUUUCUUGAUGUGUAUCAGUCAUCUUCCCGCCUUCUUAUGUGAAGCAACACCAGUUUAUAACUUGCUUCAUCACAACUGUCCACACCCGUCUCACUCUAAGAGGUCCACUCAAUAUGACCCUUUGUAAGUGAGUGUAUUCUCUCUCUCCUAGACAUAUACCACAAGUAUUGCCUAGAUUUCCUCUUCUAGUUUUUUGAGCAAUAUACGUGACAGAUGGAGGAAGUGAACUAGGUACUGGCCUCAAAGUACCUCUGGCUUGAAUGGUACUGUAUUCAUAAUUGUCAUAGAUAAAUGAUAAUGUAUUUUAAUUGUUAGUGCAGUAAACCAGUGAUUCAUGAAGAUUAAAUCUUAAUCCUUUUAUAAAUAUAAUGAUAAUAAUUAGGUGGAGAGGCACAACUGUGAUGAUGCAAUAAGUCAUGAUUUAUGUAUACUAUUGCAGAACAGAUAUUUUACUUUGGUAUUUCUUCUUAUUUCUUGCAACGUUUUAAUGGCUAUAUUGACCUAGAUAUGCAAUUUGUUUUGUAAAAAUAUUUAAAAAAAUCUGAUUUGCAAUUCAUUAUACACAAUGCUUUGUUGAUUUGUAGAAUAUAAUAUUGGGGAACUCUCUAGAUACUUGAUAUUGUUCAACUGUUGUAUUAUGUUUCUAUUGAUUCUUUGUCAUUAGUCGAGUGAUCUGUCUCCCCAUAGAUCCUUCACUCAUCCCUUAUGUGGGCUGCAAUCCUCGGCCAACUCCUGUAAAUGUAAUAUUGUAUAGAAAUGUGUAUAAACAAUAAAAUGUGAUGUUUA